AUUUUGAGAACCAAAGAGAACUACAUGUCCCGAGAAGCUGCUCGGCGAUGACGUCAUACGGACAAAUCAGAAGCCGGAGUCUCAUCCGGGGAUUUUUCUGUGUUAGCAUUCGCUUAUGAAAGACGGGCCAUAAUGCUCUCAGCAGCAAUAAGGAGCACUCUCCUGCAUGGCGUUCGGUCUCCUCUGCGUUCAGCCGUUCCGGUGUCAGUGCUGAGUCGGUCUUACCGCGGUGAAGCUCCAGAGUCGGAGCAGGUCGAGAUCCCACUGCCUCCAUGGGAGGAGAAGAAAAACGAGCCGGUAGACAUCAAGAGGAAGCGCCUGCUGUAUGAGAGUAGGAAGAGAGGCAUGCUGGAGAACUGCAUCCUGCUCAGCCUUUUUGCCAAGCGGCACCUGGAGAGCAUGAGCGAAUCGCAGCUGCGACAGUACGACCGCCUCAUCAACGAGCCGAGUAACGACUGGGACAUCUACUACUGGGCAACAGAAGCGAAACCUACCCCAGAUGUCUAUCAGGGAGAAGUCAUGGACCUGCUGAAGGAGUUCACCAAGAACAGAGAGAUGGAGCAGAGACUGGAUGCCCCAAACCUCGAGUACCUCGAUAAAAGCAGCCAGUGAGGUCUUUAUUCUCCUGCUGCGCUGCUGCGAAUGUGGCUCGUGACCAGUGGGCGGUGUGUUAAGAGAGUGUGUUAAGUACGCAAGGCUGAGGUAUUGUAUUACCCGAUGGGCCAGAAGAGAGAUUCAUUUGUGACCCGUGACAGUUGGACUGAGAGGUUUAUUACUUGUAUUUAGCUUGUACAGUGAUUAUAAUGUGAAACUCUGGAUUGUCAUAUUAAAGAUGAAGAUGAUGAUGAUGA